UUUCAGACCUCUCAGAGCCGCUCAGGCUGUCGCGGACUCCACAUUCCACCCGGGACAAGCUCCUCUCUCUCUAUCUAUCUGUUUCUCGUUCUCCAAGUACGUGACACUUCAUCCGGCUAAGUCACCCCCUUGUGAAAUCUACAUCUACACACGCAUACGAAUAUACAUCGCACACGUGCGUUCACGCACUCAUCCGAAUUCACAUCCCCCGAGUCGCCUUAAAAAGCCGGCAACAUGUCUGACGACGAGGACCAAUACUCGGGUAGGGCGUCCCAAAAGGAAUCCGGCGAGAAUCCCGAGUUUAUGAAGAGGCAAGAACAGAAAAGAAGCGACCUUGACGAACAGCUUAAAGAAUACAUAGCGGAAUGGCGAAAGCAGAGAGCCAAGGAGGAGGAGGAGUUGAAGAGAUUAAAGGACAAACAAGCCAAGCGCAAGGUCACUCGCGCAGACGAGGAGAAGAGAUUGGCGCAGAAGAAGAAGGAAGAGGAGGAACGUCGCCAACGUGAAAUCGAGGAGAAGAAACAACGCGACAUCGAAGAGAAGAGAAGACGCCUGGAGGAAUCGGAAAAGAAGCGACAGGCUAUGAUGCAAGCGAUGAAGGAGCAAAGCAAAGCCAAGGGUCCAAACUUCACCAUCACCAAGAAGGAUUUGUCGGGUAAUCUUACAUCGGCGCAACUUGAGCGCAAUAAGACGAAGGAGCAGCUCGAGGAGGAGAAGAAAAUCUCCCUCAGCAUCCGCAUCAAACCGUUGGAGAUCGAAAAUCUGAACAUCGAUAAGCUCCGUACCAAAGCUACCGAAUUGUGGGAGGCCAUCGUCAAACUUGAAACCGAAAAGUACGAUCUGGAAGAGCGACAAAAGCGUCAGGAUUACGAUCUUAAAGAGCUGAAGGAACGUCAGAAGCAACAACUGAGGCACAAAGCCUUGAAGAAGGGUCUCGAUCCCGAGGCUUUAACUGGCAAAUACCCCCCGAAAAUCCAAGUCGCCUCGAAAUACGAACGUCGUGUCGAUACCAGGUCUUACGAUGACAAGAAGAAGCUCUUCGAAGGUGGUUUAGAGACGGUCUUAGCGGAGACCAGCGAGAAAGUAUGGAAACAGAGAUCGGAACAAUUUAUGAAGCGAACCAAAACGAAGUUACCUAAGUGGUUCGGCGAGCGACCGGGCAAAAAGCCUGGAGAUCCCGAGUCACCAGAGGGUGAAGAAGACGUGAAGGCCGCCGUCGACGACGACCUUGAGGAGCCGCAGUUUGAGGAAGAGGAGGAGGAGGAGGCCGCCAAGGAGGAGGAAGUUGAAGAGGAGGAGGAGGAGGAGGAAGAGGAGGAAGAGGAGGAGGAGGAGGAGGAAGAGGAGGAGGAGGAGGAGGAGGAGGAGGAGGAAUAAAAACGUUUUGAUCGCUUUCGGCCACGAUUCGCAUACAGAUAUAUUAAGAAGCAUAUUUCGAUUAAAUUUUCAAAAUCAUCAUCGCGUUAACAUUUCUUCGAAACCGUCGAACGUAGUCGGUGGAAUGUGGUCAAUUUAGUUUCGUGAAAAAAAAAAAAAAACCCUCGUCUUCCAAACACCUCUUACGU